AAGUAAACAACAAAGUAAACUUCAAAACAGUCAUUUACUACUUCCUCUUCAAAUUUGUUCCACAUCAAUUGAAACAGCAAGCUUAGUAAUGGGAAUCUUUCCAUUCCAGAUUCUUUUUGUCAAGCAAAUUCUAAAAAUGCCAUCAGGUUUCACCAAAAACCAGUAUGUCCCGAAAGGUCAUGUAGCAGUUUACGUGGGAGAGAGGCAAAGGAAACGAUUUGUGGUUCCGAUAUCAUACUUGAAUCAUCCUUCAUUCAAACAGCUCCUUAAAUAUGCCGAGGAAGAGUUUGGUUUCCAGCAUCCUCAAGGGGGUCUCACAAUUCCUUGCAAGGAGGAUGCCUUCAUUGAUCUCACUUCUAGAUUGCAAGUUUUCUAGAGAGAGAAGAGCAAAAGGGAAAGUACAAAGUUAUGAGAAUCUAUUGUUGCUCGACUCAUUUGUGAACUAAUACUAAAAUGUUUUAGGAAGUCCAAGAGCAAUGCCUUCUAGAAUGUGAAUGAAUGAAAUUAUGUUGAGCUUUAAACUAAUAUGUGAUUAAUAGAAAUGCUGAUAAGCAUAUUCGAAGACUGAUAAUCAACUCUAUCUCGUGGCUGCUAAACAUUUUCUUAUAAGAUGGGGCAA